CUCUGUCAAUUCGUCACCGCGAUAGUGCGAGGGUGACAACGUGACAACUUUGCUGAGCCCGACGAAAAUCGCGUUUGAUCUAUCGUCUUCUCGUCCAUCGUAUUUUCGACUCUCGUGAUCGUCGCCCACGGCAAUAGUGAGCGACAGCUGACAACUACUAUCGCUGUUUAUUGAACUCACAAAGCCUAAGCGUGCCCGAGUUCUGAUAACACUUGUCUCGAUCUAACAGCUCAACGGGAUGUCCAUUAAUCUAAGCGAGGUCGAUCCAUUUAGUGAGACGCCGAUGGAGCUGCCAAUUGAGCAAGAAUCCUAUGAAGAUGACCAAGCAAUAGUGGAGGAAAGUCCAAAGAACAAUAUAGAACCUAAUGCUGUGAGUGAAGUAGAUUAUGCCGAGCCUUUGACCCCGGAAGAAAUACGAUGGUUUUAUAAAGAUGGCGUUGACAAAAAGUGGAAUGAAUUUUGCGGGUACGACAGUUUAAGAAUUGAGAGAAUUUAUCGAGAACGUCAGAGUUUAAUUAGCGAAAGUAAUGAUGGAACAAAUGGUUUGCCAUCCGCUGAAAAAAUUGUGGUUAGAGGUGGCAUGUACGAUGUCGAAAUAGAUAAUAUGAAAUGCAUUUCGAUAUAUUGGCCAGGUGAAGAGUGGGAAAUUAUAAGAGGUACAUGGUAUUACGAUGGCAGUUGGAUACCCUUAGAAGCAGAACAUUCCGAAGUAAUAGAAAAGAUACAUCUUAAAUUAUUCCAAAAAGAAAGCAACAAUCAAAAUAUCAUUACGUGUGAUACAAAUCCUCCUCAAUCCUGUAAAGUAUUACAUACUGAGCAAUUCCCAGAGUUUCACGUUGAUUGGCACUCGGUUAACGAUGUGACAUUAUACAGCGAAUACACACCUACUAAAUUGAUGCGUAGCGUUACAUCAAAGUUGGGUUUUGCUAAAACAACAGGCUAUCGAUUAAAAAGAGGCUACAAAGUACGUACAAAUAUGGAGGAUAAGCCACGUGAUAUUGAUCAUUUAGUAUUUGUUGUUCAUGGAAUAGGACAAAAGCGAGAUACAGGGAAAAUUAUCCGUAAUACCACAUGUUUUAGAGAGUGUGUGGAUUGGCUUAAGCAAAAAUACUUUCCAAAUUCUAAACACAGAGUAGAAUUUUUUCCAGUUGAAUGGCGGUCAUCGUUAAAGUUAGAUGGAGAUAUAGUAGACGCAAUUACACCUUACAGUGUAUUGAGCAUACGUCACUUGCUUAAUACAUCAGCAAUGGAUAUUUUGUAUUAUACAAGUCCUCUAUAUGGUGCUGAAGUCCGAGCUGGAUUACAAAAAGAGUUAAAUAGUUUAUACUGUAUGUUUGCGAAUCGGCAUCCCGAUUGGCAGGGAAAGGUUUCAAUUUUAGCGCACUCCUUAGGAUGUGUAAUUGUAUAUGACAUAGUUACAGGCUGGAUAGGACCUGACACGCGACUCUCAUGUCCGCAGACGCAAGAAGUUUUAUCGCAAGGAUUGCAAUUUCCUAUUGAAAAUUUGUUUUGCUUGGGUUCGCCGUUAUCCGUAUUUUUAGCUCUGCGCACACGUACUCCAUCUAAUAGAUUAGAUGUAAUGCCACAAAGUUUAUGUAAGAGAUUUUAUAACAUAUUCCACUGGUCCGAUCCAGUGGCUUAUAGAAUGGAGCCGCUUUUGGAAAGGGGUUACAGCAAAAUUGAGCCAGUUCUAAUACCACCAUACGGAGGAAUUGAUGGUCAGCAAAUACCACAAUCGCCUUUAUCACUGAACAACGUCGAUCCAACUCUACCACCUACAGAAAAUGAUGAUAAAGAUGAUAGUUCAAUGGAUAGUCCACCUAAUCGUAAUGCAGAGAAGGGCUGGAGUCUUUGGGAUUUAGUGCGAGGUGGUUGGAACACUAGAGAAGGUCCAUCUUCGCCAACACCAGAUUCAAAUAUAUCAAUCCGUCCAGGUCAAGAAUUAGCACAACGAUUGGAUUAUGUGCUCCGUGCUGUUGGUUUAGGAAGAAAUUAUUUGUAUACUGUAACAGCACAUACAGCAUAUUGGAAUAACUACGACGUAGCCUAUUUCGUAUUAACAAGACUUUUCCCGAUGCUGGAAACUUGAUGGUGGUUUAAACAGCGCAGUUUAACAGCGCAGAGUUCCAGCAGUUUCUGCUAAGAUGUUAGGCCCGUAUUUAUAGUCGUUUCUCAAAUCUCAUCUCAAGAGCGUAUCAGGCGAGAUACUCAGAAUGGAAUCGAUAUCGAAAAGAGCGAUUAAAGCUACGUUUUUUACCUAUUUGAAAGUAACCUUUCCGAAAUUAAAUUACUGAUACGUCAAUAUGACACAUGUACAUAAUAUAAAAAUGGAACAAGCUAAUAUAU